AUGACAAUCCCCACGCUACUACCAGGACAGGCUGAAUUGCCUAGCACUGAGAGCACAAAAUCGUACUGGCAUCACAAACCCUCUGAGAGGCUCCUCGGGCAUCGCACCACAGCUGAGCUCCCUUCCACAGCUGAUGUUGUGGUCGUAGGCAGUGGUAUCACGGGGGCAUUUGCCGCGAGAGAGCUUGUUAAGGGGGGCUGUAAGAAUGUGGUGCUUCUCGAGGCAAGAGAGGCGUGUUGGGGGGCCACAGGAAGAAAUGGUGGUCAUUGCCAGCCCCUUAUUUACGCCUCCAAAGCUCCAGUUGCUCAAUUUGAACUGGAUACUUUUAACUUCUUAAAGGACCUUGUAUCGGAGCACAGUAUCUCUUGUGACUGGGAGACAGUCGGAGGUGUGCACCGUGUUCCUUCACAAGAAAUCCUCGACAUUGUGACCCAGCAUCUAGACCGUCUUAAGAAAACCAACCCUGAGCUUGCGGACGACAUCAAGGUCAUAACCGAUCAGGAGCAACUGAAGAAGCUGCGAGUUUCAGGGGCAUCUGCUGCCAUAUACCAGCCCAACGCUGCUAAGCUAUGGCCGUAUAAGCUUGUUAGCUGGGUUCUCGAGAGUCUCCUUGAAGCGAACGACUCAAGCGUCUUCAAUCUCCAAACAAAGACGCCCGUGGAGCACAUUCAGCGGAUUGGGGGCUCAUGGGUUCUCCACACCCCUCGUGGCCAGAUAGCAGCCAGGAAAGCCAUCCUAGCAACAAACGCUUAUACCUCACACCUUAUUCCAAAGCUAUCUGGGUACAUAGUUCCCGUGCGAGGUCAAGUUGCUGCUCUCACCCCUUCAGAAGGCAGCUCACCACUGGAGCAUAGCCACGUGUGGUGGACACCAGAUGGAGGAGACGACUAUCUCGUCCAGAGACCUUCGGGUGAACUUAUCACUGGCGGUGAGAGACUAGGCUCAUCCGAUGGCCAAGUUGGACUAUCGCGGGACGAUUCGAUCGACCCAAUCAUAGCUCAGCGAUUGCGUGCCUCACUUCAUGAGGCCGUCAGGCUAAGGGCACCAGAAGAAUCCGAGGACACUACUCUUCAAGCUACUCAUGAGUGGACUGGCAUCAUGGGCUAUUCGAAAGAUGGCUAUCCGUGGGUUGGUCAACUACCCGCUUCUCUGGGCGGUGAAGAUGGUGGCCUCUGGCUUAGUGUUGCUUAUACGGGGCAUGGUAUGCCAGUGGCAGCGAGAUGUGGAAUAGCGGUUGCCCAGGAGAUAUUGGGGAUCGCCGAUGGCGUGAAGCUGCCAGCCCAAUAUCGAAUUGAUGGAGGGCGAGUUGAUAGGGCUCGAGAUAUGAAGAUACCCUCAACACUCUUGGACGAAGUCAUGAUGAUGAUUGGUGAUGGAAACUCAAACAUGUCUCAUGGCAAGGACCACGAUGAGGCCUGUGUGUAA